GGUCGAGCACUGCACGUUGAGGCUGAUGAUGUGUAUAUAACAAAUAGUGUGUUCACUAGAAAUGAUGGAGGAGCAGUUUACAUUAAAUCAAACAACGCACUGAUCAACAACACAGAGUUCAACUAUAACAGUGCUGAGAGCGGAGGAGCAGUGGAAGUGGUAUCUGGUACUGUAGUGAUCACUUGGUGUACCUUCACAAAUAACAAAGCUGUUCAGUUAGGUGGAGCCAUUGAUGUCUCAGGUAGUAUGUCCAUCUCCAACAGUGAGCUGACAAACAACAGUGCUGGCUAUAGUGGUGGAGAGAUUAGUGUUUACUCAGGCAGUGUGUCCAUCUCCAACACCAACAUUACUAAUAACAUGGCCAGUUUGAACAUUUCGCAAUCAAAUGUAACAUUCACUGGAAUGAAUAUUGUCAGUAACAAUGGUCGUCCCAUUUAUGCUUUCAAUAGUCGAAUCGAGUUUAAUGGACCUACAACACUGAGUAACAAUCAUGGUAUGUUUGGUGGAGCCAUCAGCUCUGACCAGAGUCAAAUAUAUAUUAACACAGAAGGAGUGAUCAUCACCAACAACACAGCUACCUCUGGAGGAGGGAUAUUUCUGAGAGAGAGUACACUCUUUGUAAAUGAGCCAAUAAAGAUCUAUCACAACACAGCACAAGAUGGUGGGGGGAUUUAUGCAUAUUCCAGUAGAGUUGAGUUCCAAUCAGUGCAGAUGAAAAAUGCAUUUGGUAAUCUACUUCCUCCAAAUAAACAGAGUGAGCUUGCUCACAACAUUGCUGAGAAUGGUGGAGGUAUACAUGCAAUAUCUUCAACUAUUAAACUAACUCAAUCAUAUGUCAACAUUGACUCAAACACAGCUAACACUAGUGGAGGUGGAGUGUAUCUACAGAAAAGUUCGAAACUGUACCUAUUUAAAACGGUUGAAGUAUAUCAGUAUUAUAGGACUCAGGAUCGAUAUGUCAAGUUAAUGAUUAACAACAACUUGGCUCAGUACGGAGGAGGGAUAUUUGUGGCAGAUGACACCCAGAGGAGCGCGUGUGGAGGAAGAGUCACAGAAAAUGUUGCAACUCACUCUAUUUUUGCUGGCUGCUUCAUUCAAACAAUUAAACUGUAUGAGUUAGGCUAUUCUGAUCUAAACUAUUUCAACACAUUCAUGACUAACAACACGGCUACCCAGUCAGGAGCGGAUAUCUACGGAGGUCUGUUGGACAGGUGUACAAUAAGUCAAAGUGCUGAGUAUCACAUUUCUUCAAAUGGAUCUAUAUAA